AUGUCGCUCGUAGUCCUCAAGCGCAUCUCGCCAGCCGUAAACGAUUUCCUAUCACUGAACCAAAGUGGUUUUCGUGCAGGAAGGUCAACAGCUGAUGUGGUCUGGUGCCAUCGGUGGUUAGCAGCUACGACCCAGCGGUACCACUGGUCAUUCAGCAUACUGGGCAUCGACAUGUCACGUGCCUUUGACACGAUCAGGCGAGGACAGUUGAUGGACGUGGUUCAGCGAUUCUUGGAAGAAGACGAGGUACGCUUGAUCCGUUACCUGAUCUCAGAUACGAAUUUGGCAGUCAGACUGGGCACGGAAACAUCAAGCUCUUUCUCCACUAACAUUGGUACCCCGCAAGGCGACUCCUUGUCGCCAAUUCUAUUCGUGAUCUACCUGGAAGCUGCCCUGCAGGAUGUGCGACAGCGAAUGGCUGCACCUGUGGCCCGGCAUCUUCCGUACGAUGUGGAGUACGCCGAUGAUGUGGACUUCAUCAGUAUCUCUAGUGAUUGGCUUCGGAUGUUAGAGCCACAAGUUGCCACCAUCUUGGGUACAUGGUCCCUUACCGUCAACCAGACCAAGACAGAAUUCACAGCCAUCCAGCGAGAGGCCGAUCGUGCUGAUGAGCCAUGGCGUAUGGUCAAGAAACUCGGCUCUCUCCUUGGUGAUGCAGAGGAUGUCACCCGCAGAAAGCAGCUUGCGGCGAUAGCGUUUAAGUCCCUCUGCCAGUUAUGGAAGAGAAGAGACCAAUUUGUUUGGUUUAUUUGA